ACACACAUCUCCGUGGCGAGUCCUCGAAUCUAGGCUAUCAAAUCACGGAUUUCUUCGACGUGCCGGCCGCCGAAUUUCGAUUUUGUGUGUGUGCUUGUGUUUUUUUUCUGUUUUUGAGUGUGUUUCGGGUGGUGUUAAAAUUCGGUAAUAAUGACGGAGGUCAAAGUUACCCGCUACGGACGAUGGCAGCUUUCACGACUUUCCUGAAAUUCGUCCUGCUCAGCUUGAUCUUCCUGUCGACCAGCUCGUUUUACUACAUAGAUCGAAUCCAAAACCUCAUCAGGUCCCGACAAGGUGACCUGGAAGAGGAACCGCUCAACAGUUGGUUGCUGGCUCGAUACGUCUACUUCGAGCGUCAAGAACACUUGAACAACAUGUGCCGCCUUCACUCUAGUCAUUACGCGCACACGAACAUGCGGGAGGACACUCAGCUGCUCGAACACAUUCUAGUCGACCGAAAACAUAAACUACUCUACUGUUACGUUCCUAAGGUGGCAUGCACAAAUUGGAAGCGGGUGCUGAUGGUUCUAUCGGGUCUGUCGAAUUCCUCGGACGCGUCGGCGAUUCCGGCCGACGUGGCCCACAAACCCGGGACCAUCACCCGGCUGAGCGACCUGGACCCGGAGGAGGCCCAACUCCUCCUGGACACCUACACCAAGUUCAUCUUCGUCCGUCACCCGUUCGAGCGGCUCCUCUCGGCCUACCGCAACAAGCUCGAGCAGCACUGGCUCAGCUCCAAGUACUUCCAGUCCCGAUUCGGACGGCACAUCGUCAAGCACUACCGCCCCAACCCCACCAACCACUCCCUCCUCUGGGGGGAUGACGUCACGUUCCAGGAAUUCGUCACGUUCCUCAUCGCCAGGGAGAACAUGACCGCCAACGAGCAUUGGUUGCCAAUUGAAGAUCUUUGCAGACCUUGCUACAUUAACUACGACUUCAUUGGAAAGUACGAAACGCUGUAUGAGGAUGCCGAGUAUUUACUGAAACACAUCGGAGAGCCUCUCCUGAAGUUUCCACGAGGUCCGGGCUCCAAUACCUCCUCCCAACUCAAUAAAUACUACACAACACUGACAUCGGAUAUGAUUAAGCAGCUUUACGACAUUUUCCAAAUGGAUUUCAAAAUGUUUGCAUAUAAUUUGCAGGACUUCCUUGGUUAUGAGGUUGGCUAGGAAUAAUCAUCAAAAAAAUCUGAUGCUACCAACCCUGAUCAGAAAUAUAUUUUUGAAAAUGUUACUUGUGUAGGAUAGAUAUUGAAGAGCUAAAAAUCAUUGAUUUAUUUAAGUUGGUAUGAGGUUCUUCGGUUGCAAGUUACAUGUUUCUUUACAAUGCUUCAUCAGUUUCUAGGAGGAAGCCAAAAACUUAUCCUGAGGGUAGAAAUAAAAUUUCACUUACCUGAUUGUGAUCACUGAGCCAUGCUUGAUGUAGGUAGUUCAUUAAUUCAUAGAUUAACCACACUUAAUUUUAAGUUUGAGGAGGGAUUCGAUAACUGAGGAUGCAUCAAAGAUGCAAGAGAGUAAGAUCAUUUUUUCCUCAGUGGCGAACCUAUCAGACUCUAAAGUAAUUCAAAUUGAAUUUUUGAGAAAUGUUAGAAAAUCAGUUGUAACUUCCUGAAGGCUAGUUUGAACUGUCACUUUACUUACGUACAACAUGUGUCCAGUUGUAUGUAACUGAUUCAACUUUUUGCCAUUGAAAGUACUCUUUAGAAAGAUCCUUGACAAAAUCAGCAUUUAAAUUACAAUGCAUUUAAGACUUUUUUUUUUUAGUUUGUUCACGGAAAUGCAAAAAUGGCAAGAACUUCUUUUUAAGAACUUGCAUGGGUAUCGUUUCAGUAUACUGAUAUACUAUCGUAUAAAUAUAUUAAAAAAAACUGAUUCAUGGAAUUCUUCUAUGCAAUAAGGAAUUGGAUCUCAUACUAAAUUGGCAUUUUAUUGAUGGUCUGUCAAUGAGCAUUUGUCGUUAAAAACUGCGCUAAGUGACUAUUUCAAACAAAAAACAAUUGCACAAAUUGUGCAAGUUGGAAGUUAGGGCUGAUAUAAUUUUAGAUACCAUUUAUGUUCAAUAAAGGUGUAAUCUGAUAAAAAAUAGAACUAUGUACAUAGGUAUCUUCCAUAGAGUUAGUUACUCAUGUAAUUUCUUUUUCCCUCGUAGUUUCCUCGUUUAGAAUUAGAAAUAGGAAGAUGACUGAUAACACAAGACUGCUUAAUUUAAGGUUUACUCAUAGAUGGCAAAUUGUAAAUACUUAUUUAUAAAAUGUUUUAAAACUCA